GCCCCCACCUCUAAACCGUAUUGAGUCGGAAGUGAGUUACAGGGAGGUCACGAGGAUAUACUCUCGGUAGCUGGUGAAAAAAGUCCGCUAACUAUGCAGAAAAACACACUUUUCUCACUUUUAUGACUGGAACAUUUUUGCAUGAAAAAGCAACUUUUAUUGUCUUUGGACUUUCUGUUUGGCUAGGAAGAUGUCUCAAGACGUGAAUACUACUGAAGAAGAAAAUGGAAAAACCACUCGGAUUAUUCGCAUUGGAACCAGGAAAAGCCAGCUGGCUCGGAUCCAGACAGACAGUGUGGCUGAGACGCUGAAACAGCUCUACCCAGGCUUGCAGCUAGAGAUAGUUGCCAUGUCGACAGUCGGAGACAAAAUCCUUGACACUGCCUUAUCAAAGAUUGGAGAGAAGAGUCUGUUCACCAAAGAGCUGGAGAAUGCCCUUGAGAGAAAUGAGGUGGACCUCGUUGUGCACUCUCUAAAAGACCUUCCUACCUCACUGCCUCCUGGUUUCACGAUCGGCGCUGUUCUCCAACGUGAAAAUCCUCACGACGCUGUAGUACUGCAUCCAAAGAAUGCUGGACUCACUCUGGACGCGCUGCCAGAAAACAGUGUGAUUGGCACAAGUUCACUCCGCCGAGCUGCACAGCUGAAGAAAAGGUUCCCCCAGUUGGAAUUUGAAAACAUUAGAGGCAAUCUGAACACUCGUCUGAAGAAGCUGGAUGAGAAGGAUGACUAUGCUGCUAUUAUUCUGGCUGCAGCUGGUCUCAAGCGCAUGGGUUGGGAGAGCCGGAUCAGUCAGGUUCUGGGUCCUGAAGACUGCAUGUAUGCUGUAGGCCAGGGAGCGUUGGCUGUGGAAGUGAGAGCAAGAGACAAAGACAUCCUCAAGAUGGUGUCCAUCCUCCACCACCCUGACACUGUUCUGCGCUGCAUCUGUGAGAGGGCGUUCCUCAAGCAGCUGGAGGGAGGCUGCAGUGUACCUGUCGCUGUAUACACCGAAGUAAAGAACUCCGUGCUCUAUUUGACAGGUGCAGUUUACAGUCUGGAUGGUGCUGACUGCUUGAAGGACACCAUGCAAACCAUCAUUGAACACGAUAACACGGUGCACGACAGCGCAGAAGAGCACGCUCAUGUCGGAGUCACGGCCAACAGCAUUUCGCUGACUGCUCUGGACGCUGCCGAGAACCUGGGUGUUGAUCUUGCCAACCUGCUGCUCAGUAAAGGAGCCAAGGACAUCCUUACUACGGCCAGACAGCUCAACGAUGUCCGAUAACGGCUUCACUCGGGCCGCCAGCCAAUCCUGAUCUACGGGACACAGUUAACACUGCCAACAUAAAAAAUGCACACACACAUAUUCAAACUAAAGGUCAUAGGUGUAAACAGUGCUCUUUAAAUGAUUGUAUGGCUCAAUUCUGAAUACAUUGAUGUUUAGAUAUAUAUAUUUUAGAUCAAAACCAUGUUACAUACUGAAUUCUUCAUUAUUAUGACAAAGUAAAUAACUCGGGCUCAGGGAAAAAAGGUUCUACAGGGUUUUUACAUCUAACCUUUUUAUCUGGAGUAUAGCUGGUGCUCAAAAGAGACCUGGCACAGAUUAUAGGUCCAGUAGACAUCAAUAGGCUUGAAGGAACAAUCCUUUAACCCGUGAACACAUUUUUUCUAUGCUAGCCAAAACCUCGUGUUCAUUUUUUUUGUUUUGUUUUUGUCACACCAUAACACAGCAUGUGUACCAUGUAUACAUACAGAUACAGAUUCUAAAAUGUAUACUGAGGUUUAAGAUUGAUGCCAGUUAUAGGUUAUAAAGGUACAGCUGUGCAUUAUAUAUGAAUCUAUUACAGCAUGUCACAGAAGGUUGGUUGUGUUUGAGUUCAUUUAAUAAGAAAAAUAUAUUGAUCGAAUUUAACACACUCCAAAACACAGGCCAUGCUGAUAAAUUUCACAAAAUGAAAUCAAUCCAUAUUUGAGAUUUUUAUCUUUGCCUUGUUAUUUUAUUAAAAGUCACCUGUGGCAUUAGUAUUUUUUCCAUUUCUACCUCAGCAAAGCUGCUCUACUCUCAACAUCAGCUCAGCCUGUGUUUUUGCAGACUCAACCACCACCCCCACCACGUGGUUGUGUUCAUUUCAGCAUGGAAAUUAUAUCAACAUGCACUGCUAAUAUAAAAAAACUUUAGACAGAACAUUUUUAGACAUUAAAUGUGUCUUGGUUAUUAAAACCAAUGCAGAAAUGCUUCAAUCCAGAGCUGUGAUGUGUGUUCAGGAAGUAAAGUAAACAUGGCUGGAUUGCUCUCAGUAAAAAAGGUAAAGACUCGCUAUUCAAUACUGAAUCACUCAUGGGUUGGGUCUGAGGCCAGUAAAAAAGGUUUUAUACACACACACACCCCUAUGACCAGAUAUGUGCCUUGAAUCUAAUGAAGAAAAAAAUGAAUAAAACGACUUAAAUUCGA